GUCCAAAUUCAAUUUCUGACCCAUACAGAAAAUAAAAGAAAAACCCGCUAACGGCUUUGCACUGAGCGAUUCACGAAACCCUUCGAUCAAAGGUUGGAAUCGAAAUGCAGAAGUCGGCAUUGCCACUGAGCGACGCGAAUGCGAACAAGAAGAGGAAGGAAUUGCGCAGCAAGGAAACGUUGGUGAAGCUUCUGAGAUGGCAUUUUGGGUACCCCGAUUUCAGGGACAUGCAAUUGGACGCUAUUCAAGCUGUGCUCUCAGGGAAAGAUUGUUUUUGUCUUAUGCCAACUGGAGGAGGCAAGUCGAUGUGUUAUCAGAUCCCUGCAUUGGCAAAAGCAGGCAUUGUGCUUGUCGUUUGCCCUUUAAUAGGACACAUGUGAUUUCUGACUUUUGUUCCUCUGACAGCCUUAAUGGAAAACCAAGUAAUGGCACUAAAGGAGAAAGGCAUAGCGGCAGAAUUUCUCUCCUCAACGAAAACAACAGAUGCAAAAGUAAAGAUUCAUGAGGACCUUGAUUCUGGAAAACCUUCUACGAGGCUGCUAUAUGUGACUCCAGAGUUGAUAACAACACCAGGGUUUAUGACUAAGCUGACAAAGAUUUAUACCAGGGGGUUGCUAAAUCUGAUUGCGAUAGAUGAGGCGCAUUGCAUCUCAUCUUGGGGUCAUGAUUUCAGACCUAGCUACCGUAAGCUAUCCUCUUUGAGAAGCCACCUACCAGAUGUACCAAUAUUAGCUUUGACUGCUACUGCUGUGCCUAAGGUUCAGAAGGAUGUAGUUGAAUCCUUGCAGAUGCAAAAUCCAUUAAUGCUCAAGUCUUCAUUUAAUCGUCCUAAUAUAUAUUAUGAAGUUAGAUACAAAGAUCUGUUGGAUGAUGCUUAUGCUGAUUUAUCUAAUACACUCAAAUCUCUGGGAGAUGUCUGUGCAAUAGUGUACUGCCUUGAACGUUCAAUGUGUGAUGACUUGUCAACUAAUCUAUCCCAAAAUGGCAUUUCAUGUGCUGCUUAUCAUGCAGGAUUGAAUAAUAAAAUGCGAACUUCGGUGUUGGAUGAUUGGAUAUCUUCCAAGAUAAAAGUUGUUGUUGCUACUGUUGCUUUUGGAAUGGGCAUUGAUAGAAAGGAUGUCAGAAUUGUAUGCCACUUCAACAUUCCCAAGUCAAUGGAAGCAUUCUAUCAAGAGUCAGGCAGAGCUGGUCGUGAUCAAUUGCCAUCUAGAAGUCUGCUGUACUAUGGGGUAGAUGAUCGCAAAAGAAUGGAAUUUAUAUUACGUAAAUCAGUGAGCAAGAAGUCACAGUCAUCUAGUUCACAAGAAGAAUCAUCCAAAAUGUCCCUGAUUGCUUUCAAUCUGAUGGUUGAAUAUUGUGAAGGGUCUGGAUGUCGCAGGAAAAGGGUUCUCGAGAGUUUUGGGGAACAGGUAACUGCAUCACUAUGUGGAAAAACAUGUGAUGGCUGCAGACAUCCAAACUUAGUUGCCCGAUAUUUGGAGGAUCUCACAACUGCUUGUGCUCUACGCCAGAAAAAUGGUUCUUCUCGAGUUUUUAUGACCAGUUCCACUGAUGCAAUUAACGGAGAACAGUUAUCUGAAUUCUGGAAUCAGGAUGAGGAAGCUAGUGGAUCAGAGGAAGAUAUAUCUGAUUCAGAUGAUGGUAAUGAGGUUGUCAACAACCUAACCCGGUCAAAGCUUCAAUCCAAAUUGGGAGUGAGUGAAAAGCUUGCUAUGUUACAACGGGCAGAAGAAAACUUCUAUCGAAAUAAUAAUGCUUACAAACAGAGCAACAAAGUUGACAAAAAUGCUAUUUCUGAUCCAAUGCGAGGAUCAAGCAGGCAAAGGUUACAAAAUGCUCUAAAACAGGUUCAGCAACGGCUUGACAACUUCAAGAUUGAAAUGGAAACAUCAGCAUCUUUCCUUGAAGAAGAAUGCUACAAGAAAUAUGGCAAGGUUGGUAAAUCAUUCUAUUAUUCGCAAGUGGCAAGUACUGUAAGAUGGCUGACAACUGCAAGUUCUAGCGAACUGAUCAACCGACUUAGUGCAAUUAAUGCUUCUACCUCAAUGAAUGUCUUGUCUGAAGCUGAAAACCUCCUCAUCCCAGCUAAUCAGCCCCUCACACCAGCUGAACAGCCCCUCACAUCGCCACCUGCUUUAGAUCCUUAUGCAAGAGAUACCAGCAAUGAACACUCAGGCACUGCUAGAUCAGAAACUUCUGCAUGUGUCUUGCCAAUGGAAGGUUCUUUUAGUACCAAUUUGCCACAGAUACCAUCCUUCUCUGAAUUCGUAAAUAGUAGGAAAGCAAAAGGGGACCAAUUACAUGACACCAAAAGGCAUUCAUCAAGAGUUGAAAAGAAGAUGAGGAUACAGUAGACUUAAUCCAGUGGCUACUAUUAUUGAGUUCAGAUUUUAGUUGCAAAGUAUCGACAGCCAACUUUGGUUUUUCUAAAUCAAAUAGCUGUUUUUCAAUCAUUUUCGUUUUUUUCUUAUAAGGAUAAAAUUCCAUUUGAGCGUUCAGAGCACGAUUGAUGCUGUGUAUUUUUGUUGGAUCAAAGUCUUGUCUAAGCGAUAACAUUAAGGAAACAAUCCUGCAGCAACUGUUAAUUAAAAGCUAAUGUGCUUUUUCAAGAAUCAAGAGAAGUAAUCAUGUAUUCGCCAAAAAGGAAAAAGAGAAGCAAUCAUGAUCAAUUUUUGUGCUUUUA